GCCGCAGCCGCGAAGAUGGCGGAGGGCUUGGAGCGUGUGAGGAUCUCGGCGUCCGAGCUCAGGGGCAUCCUGGCCACUCUGGCUCCGCAGGCCGGGAGCAGAGAAAACAUAAAGGAGUUAAAGGAGCCCAGGCCACGCAAAGAUAACAGGCGCCCGGAUCUGGAAAUCUAUAAGCCUGGUCUUUCUCGACUCAGAAACAGACCUAAAAUCAAGGAACCCUCUGGGAGUGAGGAACUCAAGGAUGAAACUGUGAACGACCGAAUUUCUUCUGCUGUUGGGAGUGGCACACAGAUCGUGAAAGAUAUCAGCAAAGAACCGGACAGCCAGCAGCAAAAUGGCCCGACAGACCCAGAAAACCACCGGGCACAGCAGUCCUCCCCUCGGACUGUUGGACAAGAGGAUCGAAGUGUAAAGAUUAUCAAGAGAACGAAGAAACCGGACCUGCAGAUCUAUCAGCCUGGGCGGCGUUUGCAAAUGAUUUCCAAAGAAUCGGCCAGCCGGGCGGAUGAAGAAGAGAUGCUCAGCCAGGUCGAACAGCUGAGAGUGGAGGAAGACGACGGUCGGGGCAAGCUCGCGAAAGAGGAAACCGUAAAUAAGUCAGAGAAAACGGAGACAGAGAAAAGCCUGAGUAGUGACAGAGUGAGGACUGCGAAGGGAGAAAAAGUCAAGAGGGUUGACAAAGGGGAGGGCAUGAAGAAAGUGACGGACGAUGGGGUCCUGGGGAAGCCCGGCUCUGCGAAGCGCUACUCGCGCUCGGACAAGCGGAGGAACCGUUACCGCACCUGCAGUACCAGCUCUGCGGGCAGCAACAACAGCGCCGAGGGAGCGGGUCUGACCGAAGGCAAUGGCUGCCGUCGGCGCCGGCAGGAUAGGACCAAGGAGAGGCCUCGACUGAAGAAGCAGGUGUCUAUGUCCUCCACGGACUCCUUAGACGAGGACAAACUUGACGAGCCUGAUGGGUUAGGGUCCAGGAAGAGUUCCGAAAGGAAGAAACAUUUUGAAAGAGAUUGGUCUGGCCCUGGGGAGGGCGAACAGAAAAGCAAUGGUAAAGAAAAUCGGGGCACUCUUCAUGUCACUUUUGAUGCAGAAAUCAUGAACAAAGACUCCCUGCCGGAUGUGGAUAGGGUGAAGCCCGACAGAGGCUCGAACCCUGGGAGCAAAGGCUCUGAGAAGCAGGAGUCCAAAAACCUGAAGCAAGAGCUCCGGGGCCGGGGGCGCGGCAUUUUGAUUCUGCCGGCUCACACCACCCUUUCUGUCAGUUCGACGGGCUCUCCGGAGUCCACGCCUCUGGGACCUCGGCUUUUGUUUGGAUCCGGUAGUAAGGGGUCUCGAAGUUGGGGCCGCGGAGGGACGACCCGUCGACUGUGGGACCCAAAUAACCCCGAUCAGAAACCAGCUCUAAAGAGCCAGACGGCACAGCUACACUUCUUGGACACUGAUGAUGAAAUCAGCCCCACGUCCUGGACUGACUCCCGCCAGGCCCAAGCCUCUUACUAUAAGUUUCAAAAUUCUGACAACCCUUACUAUUACCCCCGGACACCAGGCCCUGCCUCCCAGUAUCCGUACACAGGCUACAGCCCCUUGCAGUACCCAAUGGGCCCUGCCAAUGGUGUGUACCCAGGGCCUUACUACCCGGGCUACCCAACUCCGUCGGGGCAGUAUGUCUGUAGCCCGGUCCCUGCCAGCACACUGAGCCCCGAGGAGCUAGAGCAGCACAUGAGGAACAUUCAGCAGCAGGAGCUGCACAGGCUUCUCCGGGUGGCUGAUAACCAGGAGCUGCAGCUCAGCAACCUGCUCUCCAGGGACCGGAUCAGUCCCGAGGGUCUGGACAAGAUGGCUCAGCUCAGAGCUGAACUCCUGCAGCUGUAUGAACGCUGUCUUCUGUUAGAUAUCGAAUUCUCUGAUAAUCAGAAUGUGGAUCAAAUCCUGUGGAAGAAUGCUUUUUACCAGGUGAUUGAGAAGUUCAGGCAACUUCUCAAGGAUCCAAAUGUUGAGAAUCCAGAACAGAUUCGGAACAGACUUUUGGAGCUCUUAGAUGAGGGUAGUGACUUUUUUGAAAGUUUGCUUCAGAAGCUGCAGGUUACUUACAAGUUCAAACUGGAGGAUUACAUGGACGGCCUUGCCAUUCGCAGCAAGCCAUUACGCAAGACCGUAAAAUAUGCCCUGAUCAGUGCCCAGCGAUGUAUGAUUUGCCAAGGCGAUAUCUCCAGGUAUCGGGAACAAGCCAACGAUACAGCCAACUACGGGAAAGCACGCAGUUGGUACCUGAAGGCCCAGCACAUUGCUCCCAAGAAUGGGCGCCCCUAUAACCAGUUGGCUUUGCUGGCAGUGUAUACGAGGAGGAAGCUUGAUGCCGUUUAUUACUAUAUGCGCAGCUUAGCUGCCAGCAACCCUAUCCUGACUGCCAAGGAGAGUCUCAUGAGCUUGUUUGAAGAGACCAAGCGGAAGGCAGAGCAGACGGAAAAGAAGCAGCAUGAGGAACUUGAGCUGAGCUCUGAGCAGUGGCGGAAAGGAAAGAAGUCCACCUUCCGACACAUUGGAGAUGACACUACGCGCUUGGAGAUCUGGAUCCAUCCAUCUCAUUCCCGGCCCUCCCAGGGCACGGAGUCUGGAAAAGAGUCGGAGCAGGAGAACGGCCUUGGCAACCUGAGCCCCAGUGAGCUGAACAAAAGGUUCAUCCUCAGUUUUCUCCAUGCCCAUGGGAAGCUGUUUACCCGGAUUGGAAUGGAGACAUUCCCUGCAGUGGCUCAGAAGGUCCUUCAGGAGUUCCAGGUGUUACUGCAGCACAGCCCCUCUCCUAUUGGAAGUGUCCGCAUGCUGCAGCUGAUGACCAUCAACAUGUUUGCUGUACACAACUCCCAGUUGAAAGACUGCUUCCCGGAGGAGUGCCGCUCUGUGAUCCAGGAGCAGGCUGCUGCCCUGGGCCUGGCCAUGUUUUCUCUGCUGGUUAGGCGCUGUACCUGCUUACUUCAGGAGUCUGCCAAAGCUCAGCCAUCUUCUCCAGAGGAUCAGGACGACCAGGAUGACAUCAAGGUGUCUUCCUUCGUACCAGACCUGAAGGAACUGCUUCCCAGUGUCAAAGUCUGGUCAGACUGGAUGCUUGGGCAUCCGGACACCUGGAAUCCCCCGCCCACGUCCCUGGAUCUUCCCUCACGGCUUGCUGUGGAUGUGUGGUCGACGCUGGCUGAUUUCUGUAACAUACUGACCGCGGUGAACCAGUCCGAGGUGCCCCUGUACAAGGACCCGGACGAUGACCUCAGCCUGCUCAUCCUGGAAGAGGAUCGGCUCCUCUCGGGCUUUGUCCCCCUGCUGGCUGCCCCACAGGACCCCUGCUAUGUGGAGCAAACCUCGGAUAAGGUUAUUGCAGCCGACUGCAAAAGGGUCACAGUGCUGAAGUAUUUUCUGGAAGCCCUUUGUGGACAAGAAGAGCCUCUGCUGGCAUUCAAGGGUGGAAAAUAUGUGUCAGUGGCACCCGUCCCAGACACCAUGGGAAAGGAAAUGGGAAGCCAAGAGGGAAAACAACUGGAAGAUGAGGAGGAGGACGUGGUGAUUGAAGACUUUGAGGAAGAGUCAGAGGCUGAAGGCAGCGGAGGCGAAGAUGACAUCAGAGAACUUCGUGCCAAGAAGCUGGCCCUGGCCAGGAAGAUCGCUGAGCAGCAGCGUCGCGAAGAGAAGAUUCAGGCUGUCCUGGAAGACCAUAGUCAGAUGAGGCAGAUGGAACUGGAGAUCAGACCCCUGUUCCUUGUCCCGGACACCAAUGGCUUCAUCGACCACCUGGCCAGUCUGGCCCGGCUGCUGGAGAGCAGGAAGUACAUCCUGGUGGUGCCCCUCAUCGUGAUCAACGAGCUGGACGGCCUGGCCAAAGGGCAGGAGACAGACCACCGGGCUGGGGGCUAUGCCCGUGUGGUUCAAGAAAAGGCCCGCAAGUCCAUCGAGUUCCUCGAGCGGCGAUUCGAGAGUCGGGACUCCUGUCUGAGGGCCCUGACCAGCCGUGGCAAUGAACUUGAAUCCAUUGCCUUCCGCAGUGAAGACAUCACUGGCCAACUGGGUAACAACGACGACCUGAUCCUCUCCUGCUGCCUCCACUACUGCAAAGACAAGGCCAAGGACUUCAUGCCCACCAGCAAAGAAGAGCCCAUCCGGCUCCUGCGGGAGGUGGUGCUGCUGACGGACGACCGGAACCUGCGUGUGAAGGCGCUGACCAGGAACGUGCCAGUGAGGGACAUCCCCGCCUUCCUUGCGUGGGCCCAGGUGGGCUGAGGGGGCCACGCUGGGGCCCGCCCCCUGUGGAACGUUCCUAAGAGU